UCAACCGGAACACUUACUCAACUCCGUUGUUGUUUCCACAUCGGGAGGAUUUGAGAGGCGCGACCAGACGAACGGCCGCAUUUUCGAAAAGAUGGCAGCGCAGAUGGCGACAACAAAGGUUCCUGAGGUGCGUGACAUCACCAGGAUUGAGAGAAUUGGGGCGCACUCUCAUAUCCGAGGACUGGGGUUGGAUGAUGCUUUGGAGCCUCGACAGGUGUCUCAGGGAAUGGUUGGUCAGUUAGCAUCCCGUCGAGCCGCAGGCUUGAUUCUUGAGAUGAUUAAAGAGGGACACAUCGCAGGGCGAGCUGUUCUCAUCGCAGGACAGCCUGGGACUGGCAAAACAGCCAUUGCCAUGGGUAUUGCUCAGUCUCUUGGUCCAGACACUCCUUUCACUGCACUUGCUGGGAGUGAGAUCUACUCUCUAGAAAUGAGCAAAACUGAGGCACUGAGCCAGGCCUUCCGAAAAGCCAUCGGAGUUAGGAUCAAGGAGGAGACCGAGAUCAUCGAGGGAGAGGUUGUUGAAAUUCAAAUUGAUCGGCCAGCAACUGGAACUGGAUCCAAGGUGGGGAAAUUGACCCUGAAAACAACAGAGAUGGAGACUAUUUAUGAUCUGGGAAGCAAAAUGAUUGAGAGUUUGAGCAAAGAACGCGUGCAGGCAGGGGAUGUCAUCACAAUUGAUAAAGCCACAGGGAAGAUCAACAAACUGGGACGUUCCUUCACUAGAGCCAGAGACUAUGAUGCUAUGGGAGCACAGACUCAGUUUGUCCAGUGUCCUGAAGGAGAGUUACAGAAGCGCAAGGAAGUUGUCCACACUGUCUCCCUACACGAAAUUGAUGUCAUCAACAGUCGAACCCAGGGCUUCCUGGCUCUCUUCUCAGGUGACACAGGAGAGAUUAAGUCGGAAGUCCGAGAGCAGAUCAACGCUAAAGUGUCUGAGUGGAGGGAGGAGGGGAAAGCAGAGAUCAUUCCUGGGGUGCUCUUCAUUGAUGAGGUGCACAUGCUGGACAUGGAGUGUUUCUCCUUCCUGAACCGAGCUCUGGAGAGUGACCUCUCGCCCGUCCUCAUCAUGGCAACCAACCGAGGCAUCACCAGAAUUCGUGGGACAAACUACCAGAGCCCACAUGGGAUCCCACUAGAUUUGCUGGAUCGCUUGCUGAUCAUCGCUACUUCCCCCUACACUGAAAAGGAGACGCGCCAGAUCCUCAAAAUCCGGUGUGAAGAGGAGGACGUUGAGCUCAGCGAAGAGGCCCAUACUGUUCUCACCCGGAUCGGCCUGGAGACCUCCCUGCGCUACGCCAUCCAGCUCAUCAGCACUGCGGGGCUCGUGUGCCGCAAGCGCAGGGGCACAGAAGUGCAGGUUGAGGAUAUUAAACGCGUGUACUCUCUCUUUCUUGACGAGUCUCGUUCCUCUCAGUACAUGAAGGAAUACCAGGACUCUUUUCUUUUCAACGAGACAAAAGGAUCUCAAAUGGACACCUCCUAAUGAAGUGGACUAAAUGUAUAUAUAUUUUUUACCAAGCUUGCAGGAACUGAAACGUUUGCUUUUGACACCAUAUUGCAUUUUAAUUUUAUUUGAAAAUAAAUCCCUUUCCAUGUUCAAAACUGAUUGUCGAGAGGUCAGAUUAGAGGAAAAUAAAGAGUACUGCAUGUGUC